CUGUUUGUUUACACUCAACAUCGUAAACAACAGGACAAACAACAGGAAUCCUUUCAAAAAUAAUGGCGGCAGAAAAACACGGUUUAGCGAACAUUCCCAGUGAGGAUCAAAAAGUUGAAGACGACUACAUAGAUGAACUCAUUCGUAAGUACCUCUACGAAGAAGAAGUGAACAGGUAAAGGAUCUCUAAAAACUUGUGCUUGGUUUCUCGCCAAAUUUGACCUUGAGAGGUCACGUAGAGAAAAACACCUCGGUGACAAUUUUUGGUCUGUUGUGUACAGAGAAAUUAAUUUUUUUGCGGCUGUCUUUGGUGACUUUAAUAUUUUUGACAUUUUUUAAACCACACUGAAACGUUUUCUUUCAGUCUGUACGAAGACUACCAUUUACCUCUGCUGGCUUCUCCUGAGGUUGACAAAUGGCCAGAAGCAACUUUACCAGAUUUCAGUUGCGGCCAAGAUUUUUUGGUGCCAGAACUCCUUCAAAUGGAAAACCUGUCUGACGAUGUAGAACCGCAGGAAGAGUUGCUUUCCCUUUUGGAAGAAGUCAUUACAGAGGAUGAGAAGAAAAAUAAAGGUAGGGAGUAUUCGCCAUCAAAGUGCGCGUGAUCAUUCUCGCUAUUUUCCCGCGAACGCUGCCAGUCUUUGUACAAUGGUGCGUAAAACCGAAAUACAUUAUUCCUAACCUAGAUGAACUGGAUGUUAAUGAAUUUCUUUAAUACAUUACGUUCUUUCUAUUAUUUCAGGAAUUUGUGAAACCGCCACGAGUAAAGAUUCAUCUGAAGAGAUCGCUGUCAAACCAGAUAAAAUCGUUACCAACAGUGGCACGAAACCAAUAAUUGAUGAAACACAGUCCAAGAAAAAAAGGCCGGUCAGUAAAUUUGUACACUUCCAUAAAGUAAACUUCACCUACAAUUAACCAAUAGCCGGGGGACGGGUGUUGACGUCUCUAAAAUCCACUUAGGGAUGCAUUCAUUCAAUAGACUCACAAUACGCCGGAGAGCAGAGGCCAGUGUUUGAGUGUUUUUCAUUUUGCAGGAUAUGCAAAUUCAUUCUUUAAAAAAACUCAACCAGUUUAAUCAAAGAGCUCAGCCUGUUCGGCAGAAAUUCAUGCUAUGUGCUGCCAUGUAUUCCAAAUAAGAAAUGGCAUUCAACAUACUGUAAAAUCCCACGUUAAAGCCCCCCCCGGUCUUAAGUCCCCCGGAUAUAAGCCCAUCCAUUUGCUAACAGACCGACAGUCUGAUUUGCUAACAAAGAUAUUAUUCCUGAUAUAACCCCCCCCUAAUCCCUCUGGUUUACAACCCCAUCUAAUGUAUAAGUGAGUUCCACGAAAGAUGGUUAAGUUUAAUCCAGGAUCAACCCAAAUUUUAAUAUUUAAUGUUCUUGUCUAAGAACAUGUUACCUUGGGCUUACAAAAUAAUGUUGUGUUUUAACUCCGAGAUUCUGUGAUGAUAACAUAGAAUGUUAAUCUAAGGAAUGCAUAGGAAGGUAAAUACAAAAAUGGAAGACAUUUUUUAAUCCUGGAGUAGCCCAAAUCGGCCUUUCAGGAACCGGGGCCAGGGCUUUAACGUGGGAUUUUAGGGUACAUUCAAAGCUAAAAUUGAUAAUUGUGUUUUCCAUACUAGUCUGAGUAAUCCAUACUCAGUGUUUUCCAUACCAGUCUCAUACUAUGCCUAGUAUGCCAGUCAUGUUACACCAGGUUUUAUGAGAGAGAGAUUAAGUGUCAGUUGUUUGAGCUUCAGUCUCUAUGGUGACAGUAUCAUUAGACAAGGAACUUUUCUGGUGCAUCACGGUUCCUCUCCACCCAAGUAUAUCAUUGGGUACUGUUAAACAAUGCUGGGUUAGCUGAUGGACCAGCAUCCCAGAAACUUCAUGUUACCCUUGGUAUUAAGGAGUCUCUACUAUUGUGGGUAACCUGUGGCUCCUGAGCAAAUUUGACCUGAUUUUGUUUUUCUUUCAGACUUGAAAAUGAGGAAGGGAUGGGGGAAAUUUUAAUGUUUGAGGCAGGAAAUGGGCAAGGGAAGUCUAAAAUUUCACUUUCUUUGUAUAAGAAUAGACCUCUUUCGCAUGUAUCUUUUGUUUUCCCAAUGUGAGGUAUGUGGUAGUACUCUAGAGAACUGCUUCUUUCAAAUUUCAUCGUAUUUACAUAUAUACAUUUUGUGGUUCAAUUUUAUCCUUGGUUUAAAUAUUAUUUUCUUUUGUUUCAAACUCAUUAUCAUACAUUACCACAACAUAUAUAUCAAAGGGGAAAAUUAUGUCUUAUUUAUAUAUAAAACAAAAGGGGAAAAUUCCCCUGAGACCUUCACGGGGUAAACAAAACAUACAUAGACCUUUAUAAGGGGAAAAAAAAACAUACAAGCUAAAGAGGUGUUUAGGAAUUGAGAAGGCAGCCCACUCCAUUCAGGUGUUUAUCAAUGUAUUUGUCAUACUUUACAGAGCAAAACUCCAGUGGACAAGAAAGCUAAACGCCCCUGCAGAUCACAGCCAAUAAUCAUGAAGAGAAGAGCCAAACAUCGGUUCAUUGAGGAGUAA